AUGUCAAAGUACCCAGAUCUCCCACCCCAACACGCGGUCGCCGUCAGGACCGAGCGCAUCUACCUCCGUCCCGUCACACCCGAAGACUUGUCUGCACUUCACACAAUCAGAAUGAACUCCAAAGUAAUGCAGUACAUGCCUGGAGUCGAGACCGAAAAAGACGCCGUCAAGUCGCACAGCGUCAGGCGCAUCGAGCUGAUGAUGAAGCCAGACGGGUUCUCAUUCGCCAUCGUCGUGCCAGACCCGCAACAUGAGUCCAGCAUCGCAGAGGGCCUCGCGUACGGAACCGUGAUCGGCUUCGUCGGCAUCACGGCACCGCCCGAGGUUUUCUACAUCCUGGAUGACAAGUUCUGGGGUAGUGGGUACGCGACCGAGGCGUUACAGGGGUUCCUGGACACGUACUGGAACGCCUUUCCGGAGGGCUUGAGAGGGAUGGAUGAGUGGACACGCGACUUCCUCGAAACUCAUAUCAUUGUCGGGAAUGAUGGCAGUGAGCGCGUUGCUGCCAAGUGUGGCUUUGUUCAUGUUGCGGACAGAUCGACGCCGUCCCACGGCGAGGAGAAAGAGAAGAAGAUCUUCCGACUGCAACGUCCAUGA